GUCCUCGCGCCGAGCUUCCCAAUUGCAGCCACCGAGGGUGGUGGCGUCGUACGCGAGUGCUGCAUCCGCGUAAUCGACACUCCUGGCAUUCUGGAACCCAGAGCACAGACUCUAUGCGGUCAUCUUAGCCUAGGUGUCUGUGGUGCUCUGGAUUGGAAUGCCGUAGACAAAGAGCUGCUGGCUGACUACUUACUCUUCUGCUUGAAUCGUAGACAGUGUUUGGAGUACGUUAAAGUUUUCGACAUGCGAGGACCAACAAACAGUGUGACGGAAUUGUUGGCGUGGAUCAGCGCCCUCCGUGGGCUAUUCGUGCAUGUCUCAUCUCGGCGCGUCCUAGAAGAUCAUGUUGCCGACAACGGCAAGACCUCUCUACCCCAACCUGACUUCAGUACAGCUGCCUACCACUUUCUUCGCCUCUUCUGCGCCGGUCGUCUCGGCAGGUUGACCUUCCUG